AUGCACUGGCGCUGCCUUGCCCCGGCGGCCGCCGGCGCCGCCGGCGCCGCGGCGUCGGGACGCCUGCGGCAGCCUGCAAAGGCGGAGGUGGCGACAGCGGCUGUGCACGGACAGGUCUGGCCGCCGCCGAAGCUGCGUCGGCAGCGGUUCACUGUGGAAGGAGCGGCCAGGUGUAUGUCCAAGACGGCCCCGCGGGCCCUGCAGGCCCCAGUGCGCCACGACUGCGGGGACGACGCCUUCUUUUUGACCACCAACAAGAAGGAGACCAUCUCCAUGGGCAUGGCGGAUGGGGUGAGCAGCUGGUCCCGGUACGGCAUAAACCCCGCGCUCUUCGCCUGGGAUCUGAUGGUCCACUGCGAGGCCGCCUGCGAGGCUGGGGCCAGUGAUCCGGAGGAGAUCCUGGCGAACGGCUUCGAGGCGACCUUGCGGGAUGGCGCGCAGAGGUUGAUUGGGAGCAGCACGGCGUGCAUCGUGGCGCUGAACAGCAGCACCGGGCAGAUGGAGAUUGCCAACCUGGGAGACUCUGGGGCUUUGGUGGUGCAGCCGGAUGGCACAGUGAUCUUGGAGACCAAGGAGCAGCAGCAUUACUUCAAUUGCCCCUACCAGCUGGUCUGCAUCCCUCAGUCCAAGCGGACCGGCCUCAACGGCGGGGAUCUGCCGGCCAGCAGUGACAAGUACCACACCGAGGUGCGAGUGGGGGAUUUGUUGAUUCUGGCCACGGACGGCUUCUUCGACAACAUCUUUAAGGAAAACGCGGUGAAGGUGGUGACGUCCAUGGCGGGCUCUUCGUCCGCGGAGAUUGCCGAGCACCUGGUGGACAUGGCCUACAAGGCCGCCAUGUCCCACGAGGACGGCCCCUUCAGCCGAAACGCGCUGGAGCACGGCAUGCGCCACCGGGGCGGGAAGCCGGAGACCCGGCGAGGCGGAGCCGAAGGCUUGAGCAACGCGGCCUUCACGGCCAGCGCCGAGCCGUCGGAUGCCCGGACUCCGCUUGGGCGCCCCGAGGGUCGGAGCCCGGAUCCGGACACGGAAGAGAAGGAGGCCUGGCUGAAGGAAGGAGGACCGCUGUCAUGCGACUUCACCGAGGACCGCGUGGAUUGGCCCCGGCUCCUGGCGGCUCUGCAUGAGCUGGCGGCCAACCAGACGCAGUCCUUCGUCAUGAUUACGGCUGUGCAGCUGCAGGACCACUUUGAAGCCGACGCUGGGAGAGAUCUGCGAUUGGAUGGAUGCUUCUUGGGGCUAUUUACGCUGCGCCUUAUGGCGGUGCUGGUGUCCAUGAAGCACCACGCCAACUUCCCGGCGGCGGCGCAGGACUGGUUGGUGCAGCAAGGCUUCCGGCAGUUGAUGGCGUUGCCACUGGCGAUGGUGCUGGCGUCCCCCUUUGCUUACAGCCUCUUUGGAGUGCUUGCUGCCUACAGCAGGAAUGCCAGAGAGGCCUGCCCACGGCUCCAGGGCCCGCCAGCCGUGGGGGUCGGCUGGAGCUCGCCUGAUUGGGGAGCGUUGUAUUGCUUUCGCGGCUCCGUGCCAACUGCCAUGAAGCUGCUGGUAGACGUCUCCAGCGCGUGGUGCGGCGUGCAGGAGCCCGGAGCACCUGCUACUCCCGGGGAUGCCAUGGUCAGGCAGGUGCCGGACGACCAGGCCUUGGAAGUGCUCGUGCCGUUGUACGAGGCUCUGGAGGCGGAUUUGAGGGCCGGUGGUCCAUCCACGCAGCUCGCGGGGAUCGCGCAUGAGUAUUUCCAGCAAGCAGCAGUGGCCUGUGCAGAGGCGGAGGCGGCAGCUCUCUUGUCGCUCGCCUGGACGGGCCUGAUUCCGAAGCAGCUAGCGGUGAGCAAGGCGCAAGACACCAUCCAGGGCUUGACCUUCCCGCAGGCCGUCUUCAGCAGGUGGCCAGUGUGGGAGCUGAUGGCGCACUUGUCCCACGCACCGCCACGAGGCCUUACCAAAGACCUGGAGGUGUCCUCCUGCCUCAGCUUUGAGCCGUGCAAGCGAACGGUGGCCUUUUACAAGCAGCGGCGGAUUGAGCUUCUGGCGCCGGGGCUGCGUUGCCCGCCGCCCUCCGAGAAGCUGCGGCUCGCCUACAGCGAGGGCGUGCUGCUGCUGCGCAGCAACCUGUCCGAGGACUUUGUUCCGGACCAGAGAGGGAUCACCUGGAUCCCGGAGCUCCGGGUCACGGACAUCUCGAGGGUGGUGCAACGGAUGUCCGCCGAGGAAGUGGAGGCAACGUCCAGCUUCAUCGCACGGUACCUGCCGCAGCGCAGGGUGUCGGCGCUGGAGCUCCCGCUGCGCUUGGAGUGGGAGGGGGUGCAGAUCACCAGCCAGGUGCACCAGUAUGGAGAGCUACACCUGGAGCCCCAGCCGCUUUCUUCGGCCUCAAAUCCCCGACCGCCAGGGCCGUCGAUUUACCUCCUGAUCCUCGAGAGCGCCUCCCGCGCCGGGUUUGAGGCGUACUGCCCCUUGACCAUGGCGUUCCUCCGACGCCAGCGGAAGGGCGGAGCGUGGCGAGCGAAGGACCUCGGCCUCUUCCACGCCUUCCUGGGCGGCACGGUGGCGAACAUGCUGCCGGCGCUCAGUGGCUUCUCCUACGACAAAGUCAAGGAUUCAGACCGCAGGGCCACGUGGGAUUGCGACGUCGUCCUAGAUGGGAUCCCCGAGGAUCGGUUGAUUUGGAAUGUGGCGAAGAAGCACGGAUACAAGACCAUCUUCGGUGCCAGCGGCUGCAAUGGCUUUCUGGGCACGCGGUACUGCAGGAAUCGGCUGCAAGAGUUUGAUCGUGUUGCACCAUCCUUGGAAGUUGACCCGAACUGCCACAGCCAGAACGAAUGGCGCCUGAUCGUGCAAGAGAGGAAUCGAAGCCGUGGUUGCGUCGGAGAGAAGAGGCCGCAUGAGCACUUGCUGAACUACUUUCUUCGAUUUCAGGAGAUCCACGCAGAUGUUCCCAUUUUUGCCUACCUCCAUCUUGAGGCAGCGCAUGAAGCGCAAGAGGCGCUGCAGCUACUUGACAAAGCCCUACUUUCACACCUUGAGGGGCUCAGCAGGCUCCCGCCUGAGGCGCGGCCUGUGGUGGUCCUGGCGGGUGACCAUGGGCCGCCGGACAUGUGCGACGAGAGCUUCCCUUUCGUCUCAUUGUUAAUGCCUGAAGCACGCCUCCCCGUGGCUCAAGGUGCUCCCCUCGGGAGUCCUGGCGUUUCGGGGACGAAGCGGCGUGCGCACGAGGACCAAGCACGCGCUUGGCGGAGGUAUCUUUGGAACCUUGACCAGAACCGAUUCGUUAUAACAUCCUGGUUUGAUGUGUAUGCCACAUUCCGCCAGCUCAUCGGGGAUGCAGGAGAUGUCCAGAACCUUUGGCAGUGGGAUGCCCCGGACCAUCGGGCCCAGUCCUUGCUGAGCCGCAUCUCGCAGCAAAGGACCUGCACGCAGGCCGGCGUUCCAGAGUGGCACUGUGCCUGUGCCCGCAGCUGGGUUGGCUGGUGCCCGCUGUCUGAGCGUGGCAAGCGCGAGGUGGCUGAGCGUGCGCUGCAGGAGGCCCAGGACAUCCUGGAGGUCACCGCCGCCAAGUUCAGGGCCAACAUGUCCAUUUGCCGUCCCCAGAGGCUCGAGAAGGUGCUGUCCUGCGAGUCGCAGCUCAACACCCUCCAGCGGCUUCAGCUGGGGACGAAGAGGGAGUCGUGA